AUGCCUUUAAGCAACAAUGUAAUCGGUUGCAUAAACAUCAUCGCCGUCCUCCUCUCAGUUCCGGUUAUCGGCGCGGGAAUCUGGCUAACCGUCGGAACAGUAAACUCCUGCAUCAUGUUUCUUCAAUGGCCAGUAAUAAUCCUCGGAAUCUUGAUACUUCUUGUGGGUCUCGCUGGUCUCAUAGGAGGGUUCUGGAGGAUCACUUGGCUUCUCGUUGUUUACUUAAUUUCUAUGCUUGCUCUCAUCGUACUUUUAGGUGUUCUUGUCGGAUUUAUUUACAAGGUUACCCUUAGAGGCUCUGGUCGUCCACAACCAAGCAGAGCAUAUCUUGAGUAUAGUCUUCAAGAUUUUUCUGGUUUCUUACGUCGACGAGUUCAGAGAUCUUAUAAAUGGGAAAGAAUUCGUACUUGUUUGAGUAGUACUAGUAUUUGUCCUGACUUAAACCAGAGAUUCACUAAGGCUCAAGAUUUCUUCGAUGCUGAUCUUAGUCCCAUUCAAGUAAGUGAAUUUUAG